AUGAGGUCCGUCGACGAAAUAGGCAAUCGGCAAGUGUACUCACCAGCCACCAUCACAACAAUGUUCAUCUCCAACUUUCCCGACGGGACUCGAAAGGAGAUCAUCAAGAGGAUCUUCUCAAAAUAUGGAGAUAUCUCGGACGUUUAUAUGGCAACAAAGAAAGGUCUAAAUCGGAGGAACUUUGCUUUCGUCAGAUUUAGAGGAGUGGAGGAUGUGGCAAGAUUAGAGGCUUUCCUCCAAGGUUUAAAAUGCACGGGGUCAAUGCUGGAGGUGAACAUGGCAAAAUUUGAAAGGAAUGAAGCCAUAAAGAUAAUUAGAGUAAUACGUGAUAUAUGUUAG